AUGACUAUAGAUGAAAACAUUGCUGCUUCAACCGCCAAAGAAUUCAAGGUGUUGGUAUCCAUUGAUAUUGGAACCACUUCCACAAGAGUUAUUCUUUUCGAUAGAUAUGGUAAAGAUGUUGCAUCACAUCAAAUUGAAUAUUCUACUUCUGCAAACACUACAUUAGAUGGACAACAAAAAAUUUAUUCCGCUGAAGGUACUGAAAUCUCUGCUAAUUAUAAUUUAGAAAUUGAAGGUGAUGAAACUAAAGAUGGUCCAACUUUAAAAUACCCAGGUGAUGGGAAAAUCGAAAUUAUACCAACUCACAUUAUUUCAAACGUUGUUGCUUGUUUUGCUCAUUGUAUAAUAAAGUUGAAUGAAAUUAAUGAUGAAAGAAGAGUUAAAAGUCAACAUCCAUAUAUCGUGGCUGCCAUUGGUAUUGCAAAUAUGAGAGAAACUACAAUUUUAUGGGAUAGUGAAACAGGUGAAGCUGUUUAUGAUGGUCUUGUUUGGAGUGAUGCUAGAACUUCAGAAAUUGUUCAAAACAUGAAAGAAACCACUCCAAAGGAGAAAUUAGAUGCUAUUCAACAAAAAUGUGGUUUAAACAUUUCAACUUAUUUUUCAGCUUCCAAAAUUAGAUGGUUAAUUGAUAAUGUUCCUAAUGUUCAACAAUCUUAUCAAGCUGGUAAAUUAAUGUUUGGUACUGUUGAUACUUGGUUAAUUUAUCAUUUAACUAAAGGUCGUACAUUUGCUACUGAUGUUACAAAUGCUUCAAGAACAAUGUUUAUGGAUAUUAAUACAUUACAAUAUGAUUCUGAAUUAUUUGAAUUUUGGAAUAUUGAUCCAAAUUUAUUAAAAUUUCCAGAAAUUAAAUCAUCAUCUGAAUUUUAUGGUAAUUUUGAACUUCCAAAUUUGAAAGCUAUUGGUGCACCAGAUAUUUUAACUAAAGAAGGUAAAUUGGCUUUACAAGCACUUGGUAACACAGUUCCAAUCAAUGGUGUUAUAGGUGAUCAAUGUGCUUCAAUGGUUGGUCAAUUAGCUUUUAAGAAAGGUUCUGCUAAAGCUACAUAUGGGACUGGAUGUUUCUUGAUGUUAAAUACUGGUUAUAAACCAUUAAUUUCUAAAAAUGGACUUGUUACAACAGUUGGGUUUUGGUUUAAAAAUAUGAAUCAAGAUGAUGAUUCAAUAGCUUUUUAUGCAAUAGAAGGUUCCAUCGCUGUUGCAGGUUCAUGUAUUCAAUGGUUAAGAGAUAAUUUGAAUAUAAUCCUUAGAGCUCAAGAUGUUGGACCUUUAGCUUCAUCGGUGAAAAAUUCUGGAGGUGUUAUUUUCCUUCCUGCUUUUACUGGAUUUUUUGCGCCAUAUUGGGAUCAAUAUGCACAAGGUACAAUUUUUGGGAUAAGUCAAUCUGUUAAUUUUAAACAUAUUGCAAGAGCUGCUUUAGAAGGGAUUUGUUUCCAAGUUAGAGCUAUUUUAAAAGCAAUGUGUCAAGAUGCUGGUGGAGAUUCAAACUUUUUAGAUGGUGAUAAACCUUCUGGGAAACAAUUAAUUUCUGAAUUGGCUAUUGAUGGUGGUAUAUCAAAAUCAAAAGAAUUUAAUCAAAUCCAAUCUGAUAUUUUGGGUCCUUGUAUGAAGUUAUACAAGAGUCAAGUUAGUGAAGCUACUGCAUUAGGUGCAGCAAUUGCAGCAGGAUGUGGAUUUGAAAAAGAUGAUGAAAAAGUUUGGGCAUCAUUUAAAGAAGUUAAAGAUUGUAUGAACUUUAAAAAUUCAGAAGUUUAUGAAUCAAAAAUGGAUAAAGAAACAAGAAAAGAAAUUUGUAGAAAAUGGGAAAAAGCCGUCAGUCAAGCUGGAGGUUGGCUUUCAAAUGGGGUUAGAUCAGCUUUAACUGAAGAAGAGAUGGCAAGAACAAGCAUUAAAGAAUUGGAAAGAAGAAUUGAUCUUCUUCAAAAGCAUGUUGAUAAAAGAAAAAACAUUGCUAAAGAUGCUGAAGAUGCUGGAAAAGGUACAAAGAGAAGAUGCUAA